AGCGCAGGAAUCGGUGACAAAGUACACACAGGCGUGGUUGAUAGUUGAACAUAGAAAGAUUUGAGUGGUUUGUAAUUAACAACCUUUCAAUAACACACAGACACACACACACACGCACACUAUGUGGGUCUCCUCUGUUUUAAAUAAACAAAACAUCACAACUUCUCCUCGACUCCACCUCAAGGAACACUAGAUUAUUUCUUUUUACUUAAUUUGAUUAAUUUGACAUGUCAUUUGCUCCUAAUUAAUUCUCUUAAUUAGAAUGUCAUAGUGCUUUUACUAUUUUUUUUCGUUUUGGUAUACCUCUCUCCGUUGCUUAACCAUUAAUUCCUGCUGGAACUUUCGUUUCAACCCAUGGAUCUCCUGAUAAUAAUAAUAAACACUCAUAUAUCUCCUGAGUGCAGUAAAAACCUACAGCUAUAGACCAACAGUCCAUUUAACCUACAUUUAUAUUUAUAUAUACACACAUAAUACUCUUGCCUUGUUUAUCUACAAACUGGAUACAAAACGAGCCAAACCAGGGAGUGGAGUUUGCUUCUGCAUACGUGGUCAUCAAGCAUUUUAGAAAUAGCAGCUAAAAACCACAUGUGUAUCGAAUCACACAAUUAAAUUCUAACUGGACCCCCAAUCGGAUAAUUUGACCCUCUGUAAACACUACAUCAGAAAAGAAAAAAAAAUCCACAAGCACACACACGCAAAAGAAUAAAUAAAGAUAUUGUGGUGGAGGUCACGGCUGGGAUGCUAUUUGACCCCAGAUCUGCUUGAUCUGGGCCACUAACCUCGGAGCUACGCUACCACCACUGCCACCACGACUACAACUUGCACAUUGGAUUAUAUUUUGGUUUUGAACCAGAGACAAGAGAUGGCAGUCUAUAGAUUGUUCCCGCUUCCGUCUUUUUAAUCGUCUACAACCAAUAUAAACCAGUGUGAGAGUGAGAAAUACAGAACCAGCAACAAUGUCUUUGUCAGACCCGGCGCCGUCAUCAAACCCCAAGAAUUGCCAGAAACCCGAUGGAAGUUUUGAAGAAUACAGCGAAGGUUCGGCGGGCGAUUACGAUUCUGUUUGUGAAGAGGCUGAGUUGGAACUCGACCAGGACGGCUUGGAAUUAGCUGCUCAAGAAGGAGUUUUCUUUGAAAAAUAUCCAAAACUCAACAAGGAGGAGAGUGCUUUCCGUAGUGGUUCCAUCACACCUGAUGGAUUAAUUGACGAGGAUUUUGAAAAAGAACUUGGUCCAUCUCAGGUACAACAAGAUGAACAAGAACAAGGAGAAUUCAGCGAUGUUUCUCGUUAUGGCAUUGUGGAAAUUGCUGGAGACGAUGUUUAUGGGAGAAAAGUCAUAAUAUUUUCUGCCUGCCGAUUGCCAUCGAGUAAAGUGCUGGACCACAAACGACUGCUGGCCUACAUUAAAUACACCCUUGACCAAUACGUAGAGAACGACUACACGGUCAUCUACUUCCAUUAUGGCUUGAACAGCCGAAACAAACCCAAGCUCACUUGGCUACUACACACGUACAUGGAGUUUGACCGCAAAUAUAAAAAAAACCUAAAAGCCUUGUAUUUGGUUCAUCCAACCAAUUUUAUCCGGAUUCUGUGGACUUUGUUCAAACCCGUUUUGAGCGUCAAAUUUGGUCAGAAAGUGAUGUAUGUUAACUAUUUACAUGAACUCAAGGAACAUCUUCAUUUCAACCAAUUGGUCGUUCCUCAACCAGUCUUGGACUGUUUCUUUUUCCAUUCUGCUUUCAGUAUCCAACGCCAAUCUGGAGAAACCAUACCCCCGAUUGUUGUUCACACUGUCGAAUAUCUCAGAAAAUACGCUUUGGACACUGAAGGAAUAUUCCGAAGGUCAGCCAGUGCUUCUGUCAUCAAGGACGUACAGAACAAAAUCAAUGCAGGUGAUACAGUGAACUAUGCAGAGUACGACAACAAACACAUUCCUGCUGUAAUAUUGAAGAAAUUUCUACGAGAACUGCCAGAACCGAUUCUAACCUAUGACUUAGCCGAACCCAUUACGAGACUGUAUGGUAAGGGGCCGCCUCCACAAGCUGUUCACUCGUUCGUUUGUCCCCUUCUUUUGUCUGUCGUUUGAAAAAGAAAAAAAGAAAAAUAGAGAGAGAAAGAGAAAAAAUUAAUAGAGAGAAUGAGAGAGAGAAAGAAAAAAAAAGAAAAGAGAAAAACAGAGAGAGGCAUAGGAGUGGCUGUGUGGUAAGUAGCUUGCUUACGAACCACAUGGUUCCGGGUUCAGUC